AUGCGCACGCGAAGACAGGCUCGAGCCGAGAUGGGUGAGCCGAGCGAGAGCGUCAAGGAACCGGCUGAAAGCUCCCUCAAAAACAAGCAAGAAAGGAACUCGGACUUGGAACCUGCCGAGUUCAGCGACGACGACGACGACCGAGGUUCUGAUGACCCCGAUGGCCCUUCGACUUCAAAGGGAAAGCGCAAGCGAAGGUCCUUGAGCCCAAAGUCACGGGAAAAAGAGCUGAAAAGGAAGCGCGAACGAAUGAGGGCAUUGAGGGCGCGUCUACUCGAGGGCGAAACUCCUGAAGAUCGAAAAGAACGCUGGCGACUGAUUCAUGCUAGAUGGCGAGCCGAGAGAUGGGCCCGGAUGACGCCCGAGGAGCGGGCUGAGGCCAAAAGAAAAGUCCAGACUAGAAGGCAAAAAGAGGAGUGCCGCAAGAAAAGAGCGGAAUGGGCAAGAACGUAUAAGGAACGCUUUCCAGAUAAACACCUGGAGCUUCGACAGCGACAGCUCGAGCGCAGGGAGGCCAAGAAGAAGCUUGAAGCGGAAGCGCCGGAGGAUCAACCGCCGUCAGUUGUAGUUUACGCCUGUCAA